GUACCGUACUUGACAUUACAGAAGAAGAAGAUCCGUGUCCUUCACAACAGUUAGCAUGGCUACUGCUACGAAAAUCAUCCAGAGGCUACGUAAUUUCUUAGCCGGGCGGGACCUGCAGAGCAAACUUCAGCUGCGAUAUGAGGAGAUUGCAAAGAGGACGCAGCCACCACCAAAACUGCCUGUAGGCCCGAGCCACAAGUUCGCCGACAACUACUACUUCACCAGAGACGGACGUGGAGAAUCAGUACCUGCCACAGUCGUCAUGUCUUCACAGAAGGCUCUCACUGCUGGCAGCCAAGUUGCUGAAGCCCCAAAACCUCCCAUUACCCCGGGUGCUGUAUAUAAAGCACCAGAGCUCUCCACAGACCAGCCAUACCUCUGAGCAUCAGGUCAAAUCACUCAGCAUCAUUUCUCCAUCCAGUGCUGCUGUAGAGGCCUGACCACAGCAAGUGUUGGUUCUAUACUGUACAGUAGAAAUUGUGAAUAAAAUGUUAUAUGUUUAA